AGGAAGAACGACAUGCUGUAGCUCUUUUCCCCUCUUUUUAUCUGUAUUUUAGAUGCGCGACCCGCACCUUCACCAAUCUCCCCCAAAACGAAGACUCUGGAGUCAUGCCUUUUCCCGUCCGCCAAAAAAAGUAUAUGUAACGCUCUUUUUAGUCUCAAAGAAUAGAAGAAACUCGCUCGUACCAUGGCUAUGGUGACAAAUGGGUUUGUCCAGGGACCUGUUGUAUUAGAAUGGAUUUUGUAUUUUCAAUGUCUUGCGAACAUGACUCGUUUUUGCUUGAUGAUCUGAUGAGCCAGUUGUUAAGGGUAGCAAAUACGAUUAUGUUGAAUGAUGGCAUCCUUGACCUGAUAGCACGGUUCAACACUCAACAAAAGAAUGAGCGGUUUUCGCAGGCCUGCCAGACCGAUUUCGCUUCUUGCUGAUUGACAUAAGUAGACGUGUAAUUGGCGCUUCGUGAUCGAAGCCUAUACUACGUUGGGAGCCACCAUACGUGAGUCACUAUAGUACGUUGCCGUGUAUCUGCUCCUACGUGAGUCACCAUGCGCAGUCGUGUGCCUCCUGAGAAGCCUUAGAAGAACCCGUUGUCGUGUACCUCCUCCUGACCAGCCUUAGAACCUGACACGCACAGACAAUGGCAAAAGAUAACCACGAGUUUUUUCGGCGCUUACUGGCCGACAGUUGCGGCCUCAGCGAUGACCAUAUUGAUCGUGUGCUAUCCCUCAACAUCGCGCCGCACAUGUUCCUGCUGGCGAGAUAUGCUUCUGCUGCCGAAGCAAGGGCUGCGGAACCUGUGGAAGUGAACGUGCUGAAAACAGCGGCGUGGGAACGGGUAAGUCAGAAAUAGAUAUAGUGUAGAGUUUGAUGUAGAGUUGUAACUCAUAUACUAGCUCUUAUUUUGUGGAGUAACUCAUAUAAUACAUAGGACUUAGAAAGAUCGUCUACUGUAGAGCUUCACUAAGAGGAGCAGGACGAGGAAGUCAUCUGGUGCGUUUUUUGUUCAUGUUAUAUUGAGUAUCAAACUUACAUAGGGUCCACCGAUCUUCAUCCGUCGAGACAUGGCAGACGCUUUCGGUUCAAAUUUGCUGCGAAAAUAUGUCUGGGCUGAGGAGGAAGAGGAGUCAAAUCUUACAACUACUGACCCUCAACAUGGUAUGAAAGGGGAGAUGAAGAGGACUCCUGGUUCUGCUGGGGGACACGGAGAAGAUUCUAAUGCCGCGGUAGGCCAAAUUUUGAAUUUGGCGAAUAAAGAUUCUGCCGCACCAGGUGGUGGAUCAGCGCGAGCGAACGACUUGAUGCUUCGCUUAGUGGCAAAUCGAAUAGGCGUGGAUCAGGAGGUUGAAACGCCUAUCAACAGAAGCGUAGGGACGAAGGGUUCGAACCCCACACUGCCUCCGGUAGCAGCUGGGUUCUUUGCCCUAGAGGAAACUGAGAUCACUGGGUUGCACCCACGCGAUGUCGAGUCCCUCUUCGGUCCUGAACACGUGAGUUCACAGAAAACGGAGUUCACAUUUGAACGGAGACCAGUUUUUGUGGAGAACAGCAUUCUCCCUAGAGGAAGGGGUGGUCAUCAUGAUGCAGUAGAGACUGAGGCUCACCUUGGCACAGGGAUGAUUGCCACAGAGGACAGCACACCGAUAUUUUCAUCAAGUUCUAGCAGUUAUCGCGGUCAGUACGUCCUUCAGUACGGUCAGAUCCAAACACUGGGGGACGCGCUGAUGCGCAGAGCGGAACAGAACCAGCUGAGCGCGCCAAACUUGUCGUCCUCCUUGGAAUCGUUUAGUAUGGCGCAGUGGGCUGACGUGACCGACAGGUUGCGAACAUUGCCUGAAUUGAAAGAGAAACUCCAGAGAUUUAGGCGAGUGGUAGACGCUAGGACAGAAAGCAUGUCCUUGGAGUUAUGGGUGCAAAUUGUUCUCUCUUAGUCGCACGUAAGUGCAGCUUGUCCUCUUUUAAUUUCCACUACAAUUCAAAGGCGAGGAGACCGAAAAAAUUGCACCAAUGUGUAGUGAAAGGCUAGAGAAGGCUGUUCUUAGUCCGAGUUGCAUAAAGGUCUUUUCAAUAAAAAGUUGUGCUUUUAUUUGUUUGAGUUAAUCAGCAACAUUCUAAUCCUUGUAUUAGCCAAUUCGUGUUUGCGUGCCUUCCAGAGUAGGAAUCCACAAGCGGUUUGCGGAGUGGAGACAGAAGGCUCUGGAACGAGGACUCUAUCUACCAAACGUUACGAGGUACCUUUUGGCGUCUCUUUGCAUUUGCACCGACCUGUUCAAACAGGUGGGAAAAAGGGACUACCGCAUGCCGGGGCGAGCAGUGCUGGGAAUCAACAUUAUGGUUAAGAUAAAAUAUCAAACGCCUUCGGUAAUUGCUAACCUAUUAACACAUCAAUGAAUAGCUUUCGGGUAUCUUCGGACAGUUCCUCUUUCUACUUUUAGGUUAUAUCCCUUCAUGCAAUUAUGGGUAAAUAGAUAAAAGGGUGGUUUUAUUUAGAUUUGUUGAGGGUCUACAACUCUAAUCUACAGUAACAAUUUAGAGUUUCACUCCUGUCCUGACAAUGCAUUAGGCAUAAUUCCUUAGAAGAGAAGCUCUAAUCUACCACAGGAUCCAAGGGUGGUGGACAAGCUACCACAGCUACCUCCAAGAUGAACAAUAGUACUAAAGGAGCUAUGAGCACGGCUUUCGCACCUACUUCUAGCUUUCAGCGUUGUCCUUUGAGACUGGUAUGUAACGCUGGCGGCGCGAUCGAACAUAUUUUGGCUAAUCAAACGGCUUUCACACCAAUAAGUGUCCGUGCGUCUCUGUGCCCCUUUUCAGCGGAUGGGUUCGUAGCAGAGUCAGUCUCUGGCCCUGCACCAGGCGACGACGUAUUAAGGCUUUUGCUGAACUUAGUAAAGCUAUUUUUGCUAACCGUAGCUUAACGUAGUAAAGCUAUUUGCUAAACGUAGUAAACCUAAAGAUGCGUCUUGUUAGUGAUGCUGAUAGAUGAAGCAAUCUUGUCAUUAUACUGGCGCGACGCAUGUUAUGUGCCUCAGAUUUGCUGAUAAAACGAUUUCUGGUAAUAAACAGCUGUCCCGUGCCUCAGUAGUUGUUUGGAGAUGAGUUUUCUUAUACUUACGACCUUCGUUCUUACUUAAGAAUGCUCUUGGAGACUUCAGAAACUAGCUUUAUCUUGGAGACUUCAGAAACUAGCUUUAUCUUGGAGACUUCAGAAACUAGCUUUAUCACCUAAAGGUAGAUAAAGGUCUCUAACUCCAGACGCCAGAAAACGAAUCUGGGAGCGUGGAAGGCCGACCUCAAAACCGUCCCAAACGACUUUUGUAAUCCCCAACAACGACGCAGAUGUCGCGGCCCCCCAGCCACCCGCUUCAUACUGGCCAUCGUCCUUACCGUUGCGUGAAGAGCAGCUGCGGUCGCUAGCCUGGAUGCUAAAGCAAGAUCGGAAAGAAGGAGUUGGUGCGAGUUUCAGCGUGCCUGUGCGUGCCUAUUGCAGCGGUUCGAGUCUGGGAGACAGAAGAGCCUUGUGGAACCUGAAAUUGGAGGUGGGUUUGGAUUUUCGAGGCCGUGGAGGCUUACUGGCAGAUAGGAUCGGGUACGGGAAGACGGCGACAACGAUUGCGUUGAUAGUGUCCAGACUGGUGGAACAACAGCAGGGCGGUGGCCACGAUAUGCAUGCUGCAAGUGAUGAGUUCUUGCAGCCUCUUGACUCAUCUGGCAGUGAAAGAAAGGACACAGAACUACAGAGCAGGCACAAGAAUUACAGCAUCAUCAAUCACGACAGUCUGUUAAAAAGAUUGGAUCGCGACAUUCCAGUUUUUGAUCAAGGCUGCUACUUUUCUUCCCGUGCGACCCUAGUAGUUGUGCCUCCAGCGUUGGUUUCGCAGUGGUUGGCAGAGUUUAAAAAGUUCACGUUCGACAAACUGCGCAUUCUCUGUUUGAAGAACGUGAAUAAGCUGCGGGGCGUCAGCAUCGAGGAGAUUCGUCGAGACUACGACGUGAUCCUUUGUUCCAGUGCGGUUUUGCUGGCGUCGAGCUACGAGAGUCGAAUGUGGGAACUGGCUAGAGAACUUGGUAAUAAACAACACCACCACCACAGUGUAUCCACGGACACGACGACUACAGUUGCUGAACAAAACGAAGCUUUCGACAAAGAAGAAAAAAAGAAAUUCUGUAAACUCUCUAGAGCAGAGCAAUGCUUUCAACUGCGCAGUGCAACAGCAAUGGUUCGAUCUAGAGGCCCUUCCAGUACAGCACAGACGUGGCCUUCGGUAACCGCACGACGUAAGAAGGGACCGGCGCGAGACACAGUUGCGGCACUGGAGCAGAGUGCAGCCCUAGAACCUCUAGAACGGUCUACGGCUAGUGGGGGUAAGGCCAAGUCGAAAGCGAAAUCGAAGGCAAAAGCGAAGCCAAAAGCGAAGAAGGCGAAGGGCGUGAAAAAGGACAAGGACCAACCUGCGAGCAGUUCGUCGCAAGGACACAAGAGGUCGAAGAAAGUGAAAAAAGAGGUGAAGGAUGAGCUACAGGGAGAUGAUGUUGUUGGUAGUAGUGACAAUAGCGACCAAGAAGGCGAUUCUUCGGAUAGCGAAGUAGAGCAUCAAGAUGGGAAUGAUGUGGAUAGAGGUUCCACACGAGGACCUUCUCGUGGAGGACUUCCCCUUGGCCGUCCCGUGGGAAAGAGUUGGCAAUCGACUGCGUUUUUCCCGGUUUUAGAGCAGUUUUACUUCGAUCGUUUGAUCCUAGAUGAAUUUCACGAAUUUUUUAGGCAGAUUCAGGGAAAGAACGAACAGAAACCACGACUGUUAAGGUUCUGGUUGACUUGAUAACUUAUACAGAAUUCCUAGUAAAGACCACGAUACAGCUAUACAAGACUAAGUAAGUUGUAAAAACUUAUUCCUCAUCCACAGAUCGAACAGGUAGAAACUAUUGAAUAUUUUUUUCCUUCGGAGUUAAUUACGCCUUCGGAAACAGAAAUUCCCGACGUUGACGUAGGAAGAAAGAAGUGAAUCAUCUACCUAGCGCACCUACCUACCUACCUCCCCUUUGUUCCUGGGGGCAACAAUCACCUACCUAGCGCACCUACCUACCCCUCGUUCUUGGGUGCAGCAUGCUCAUUAUCUAAUUCAAGCCUGCACGCAAUUGCGCAGUCGUUGUACCUUUGGAUUGAGCGGGACGCCGCCUACUAGUUCUGUGCGGGAUAUGACCCAGCUGGCCAAACUGCUCUUUCGCAUGGACCUUUUAGCUGAUGCUGAUGUCUAUCGUCGACCCUCACGGUUACAACUCGCUGAAGCAACGUCCAGGGACUGGCUGGAAGCUUAUUUAAGGAGGUUACCUAUGUAAGUACAAAGACAAGUGUGGUUAGAAGCGUGUCUGACGUUCUUUUGAUGUCGAUGUGGACUCAGACAGUGUUGAAUAAGUCAUCUGUUCCUACACCGUCAACUUACCCAGUCUUUACACUAGUACCGUUUGUUUUUGCUUCUUGUGCCUAGCCAAGCCUGUCGCCGUGAUGAAAAUCUACUCUCUGCGAGAGUAAACUUCUCUUACAGAAGAAGAGCAAUGCCAAUACCCAUCCUCUAACCUUCGGCAGACAGAAUACCAGAAACAGCUAUGUCGAUAGCAUUGGCAUCCGGGAACACAUAGUGCAAGUGGAGCUCACGGCUGAAGAACGUGUACUGUAUUUGGCGCAAGCACGCGAUGUGAAUUACCUUGCUACUACGCGACGACGAGAAGGACUGCGCUUAGGAACUGCAAUUGAUUCUGCAAUUGCAGCGAGUACGACUGGAAUAUUAUCUGCGGCUGAUGUGCCAACAAAUGGUGGUGUGCCAACAAAUGGUGGUGUACCAACAAAUGGUGGUGUACCAACAAAUGGUGGUGUACCAACAAAUGGUGGUGUGCCAACAACAACAGCAACAGCUUCUAGCAGUGGAGCAACAACAACUUCUACCACAAGAAAUACUACAACAGAGGAGGUUCUCUCCACUCGCCAGCUACGUCAGUACGAACAAUUGUUGA